GUGAUUUUGAGUACAUUUGAGGUUUCUUUUCUGAUUUCCUUGGUUUAUCGAUUUCUUGGUCUGUUUCAAUUAUAUCCUACUUAUCUUUUCCACAAUGGCCCUCCAGUCAUAUACAUCUGAAGUUCGAUUGACAUUAGUUAACACCGAUGCAGAACUUCAACUCGGCAAAUCGAUUGCACGUUAUGGAUUAUUUGAUUUUUUAGAUAGUGAUAGAUCUAACUCAAAUCUUUUAUCAAUCGUAGAAUCACAUCUUCCCAUAGAUAUAAAAGAUAAAGUAGUAGAUUUAAUUUCAAAACGACAAGUUCAAUCAAAGCAAUCAAAGCAAUCUAGUAGUACUAGUAGUAAUGGUAAUGGAUGGAAAAAAGAUUUACUUCGAAGGAUUUCAUUUAUCUUACCAAACUUACCAAAUCCGAUUCAAACUAUUGGAUCUGUUUUAGGAUUACAAGCAACUGUUCUGCUUAAUAGUUUAAAGAUUUUAGGAUCUCAUGAUAUUUGUACUGAUUCAAGUUGGGGUUCAACAACAGUGAAGACUAAAAGUUUUCAUGGUGAUUUAGCAUGGUCAACUAGAGUUUCAAUCGGUUCACCACCACAAGACUUUCAUCUAAACAUCGAUUCAGGUUCAGCCGAUCUAUUUCUAUUCUCACCAAACUGUACAACCUGUUCACUUUCAAACCACACAGCCUAUCAUCCAAACCAAUCCAAUACAUUUACAUGUCUUGAUGAUCCCAAAGAGUUUUCUCAAAGCUUUGGUGAUGGAUCAACUCUCAAAGGUAAUCUUGCUUCAGAUAUCGUCACUUUAGGUAACUCAAUUCGAGUCAAAAAUCAAAGUUUUGGUUUAGCUACUAAGAUUUCUUCAGAUUGGAAUCUUUUACCUAUUGAUGGUUUAAUGGGUAUCGGUCCUGAAAGUCUUACAAUCUUUAAUGGUACCAACUCAACUGGUUUCUUUCGUCAAUUGGUUAAUAGUCAAAUGCUUGCUUUACCUAUCAUUGGGAUUGCGUUUGUGAGUCCUAGAAAUGGUGAUCAUUUACCUAGUACUACUGCUGGUGAAUUUACUUUUGGAGGUGUGAGUGAGAAAUGGAUUAGAGGUGGAUUUGGAAAUUUAGCUUGGAAAAAUGUUACAAGUACGAAUUUUUGGGGAGUGGCUUUAACUGGUAUCUUUGUCAAUGGAAACAAUGUCAUGUCAUCACAAGAUACACCUCGCGCAAUCAUAGACACUGGUACCUCAUUGACAAUAGUCUCAACACCUAUUGCAGCAGCAAUCCACCAAAGCAUUCCAGGAGCAAUCAUGAAUGAAUCAAAUGGGAUAUGGAAAGUACCAUGUACGAUCCAAAACCAAGAAACCGUUCAAGAAUCUUACAUUUCAAAUCAUUCUAUAAACCAAACCUUGACUUCAUCAUCACCUAAUAUAUUUUUUGAAUUCGGGAUCGGAAGUGCUCAAUUCGGGAUUCCUGCUGAAUCUUUGGCUUACCAAGAAGUCACCAAAGAUUCUAGAUUAUCCAUUGAUGGGUUAUGUUAUAGUGGUAUUCAAGCUGGAAGUAAUGAGUUUGUGGUCUUGGGUGAUACUUUUAUAAAGAAUCAAUAUCUUGCUCUACGUUAUGAUGCUAACGGACAAAGAUCAGUUGGACUAGGAAAACGUACUGAUUUACCUACUUUCACUUAACUUGUGUUUAUGAUUCAUACAUAAAACUGUUGACAUUUGGGUUUACUUUUGACUUUGUAAUUUAAUUGAUGGACUUGAUUUCUUUUUCCUUUUUCGAAUUAUACUCAUGUGAUCAUAUAUAUAUGCUCAGUUUUGAUUUAUCAACAUACAUUUUUUUUGGGUUGUUUUGGGAAAGAAAUUUUUUAUCACAUUUCAGUC